AUGAAUUCCAUACCGUUGCAAUAUGAAAGUUUGAAAGCAGUCCUGAUUCAUAUGGAUGCCAACGUUCGGUUCCAAAUUUCGCGCCGACUACCUGCAAUCCGCUCAACUGAAAAACUCGUGCCACUCAGAAUUCGGAAAUUGAAACUAGACGGCGUUUCUACGGAAGUUGAUAAUACAUUUUAUGAUUUGGGAAUCUAUCGAGACUACGAACCAGGCGUGAAAGUUCCAAGGAUUAAUAAGAUGACCAAUGAUUCUAUUGGCAUUUUACAUGAUCUGGAUAAAUACGGAUUUCAGAUCUCGUCAAGUGAUUCUCCUUUGGAUUCUGGAGACAUCUCCUUCCGGCAUCCAAAUCGUCCGGGAUUAGUGGCAUUCCAAUUCGACGAUGAUGCUCAUGAAUUAAUCUAUAGAGAAGAGUUGAAGUGCUAUGAGAAGGCCAUAUAUCUCCGUACUGGCCAAGAAACAACAGGAAGGGAAGAGCCUGAUACUAGUAACGAAUGGAGUCGUGUUAACGAACUCCGUCUGAAACAUGCGAUGGAAAUGCCAAUGGAUAUAUUGGAAGAUUUCGCCGACGAUGCUCGUGCCAAAAUUCUUCCUUUUGAAUGUCGUCGUUUCGAUCGGAAACCACCAUAUACUUGCUACAUUCAGCUGACUAUUACCUGUUCCAAGAAAACGAAACUAAUCGAAAGAUAUGCAUACAACAUGAAGCUUUACGAAGCGAUGAAACGAUUGAAUACAUUGUUCUUUGGAGGAAGACGCCCAGCGAUUCAAGCUCAAAGUGUCCAGUUGCCGAGAUUUGGAGCCGUUUUGAGACUCCCUGUCGGGUUUAGAGUGAAAACCAAAGAAGUUGAAAAUGGGUAUGAUUUGAAUGACUGGAGCGAAGGUGUCAAUUUGAUGCUAGACGCCUCUUGUUUCCCGUUGAAUGUUCUUAAACUGCGGAUUUCCAAUAGAGGAAGAGAAGAUUUUGAGUUGUCGAUAGUCAGAGAUGCGAAGAAAUUGAUUGUUCACAACUCGGACUCACAAUUCGAUAUUCUACCGAUUCUCACAACUCUUUCUAAUAAAGAGGUUGUUCUGGCGGAUACAUAUAGAGAUGUUCCAAUUCAAUCAUAUUUUGGAUUGAUCGAAAACUGGCUAAAUGUCGACAAGCCUGUCGGAACUUGUUACUCAUUUGGAAUCAAACAAGAAGAUACAGCAAAAGGGCUUCUCAAGAUUAUCAAAAGCCGUUUGGAGAACACAAAGAGGACUAAAAGAUGUAUCUCUGUCAUCACAGGAAACAACACAAAACUCGAAGUGUUCUAUGUGCCUAUCAAAAAUCCACGCAGUCGAGAGCAAAAGGAAUUCAUGUACGAUUGCAAAUGGGUUCUCAAAAUACGGAUUGUACGAUUAUAA